UCGGAGUGGGCAGUGGGCUGCUUCUGCGCGUGUCGGCGGGUGCGGCUUUUCAGACUGUGGUGCAGCGUUCGAACCUCAUGGCGGAGAUAAUCCAGGAACGCAUAGAGGACCGGCUCCCGGAAUUGGAGCAGCUGGAGCGCAUCGGACUGUUCAGCCGCGCGGAGAUCAAAGCUAUCAUUAAGAAGGCUUCGGAUCUAGAAUACAGGAUACAGCGAAGAGCCCUUUUAAAGGAAGAUUUUAUCAAUUAUGUUCAGUAUGAAAUUAAUCUUUUGGAACUGAUUCAAAGAAGAAGAACACGCAUCAGGUACUCAUUUAAGAAGGAUGAGAUUGAGAACUCCAUUGUGCAGCGCGUGCAAGGUGUUUUCCGGCGUGCUUCAGCAAAGUGGAAGGAUGAUGUUCAACUGUGGCUGUCCUAUGUAGUCUUUUGUAAGAAGUGGACUGCCAAAUUUCAACUUAGCAAGGUCUUCUCUGCCAUGUUGGCCAUUCAUUCAAACAAGCCAGCUUUGUGGAUUAUGGCAGCCAAAUGGGAAAUGGAAGAUCGCUUGUCUUCAGAGAGUGCAAGACAGCUGUUUCUUCGCGCCCUGCGCUUUCACCCGGAGUGCCCCAAACUUUAUCAGGAAUACUUUAGGAUGGAGCUCAUGCAUGCUGAGAAACUGAGGAAAGAAAAACAAGAAUUUGAAAAAGCCAAGAUGGAAGUGGAGAAUCUUGAUUAUUCUGAAGAAAUCUUGAGUGGUGAAUUGGCACGGAUCGUCUACAAAAACUCUGUGAGCAUAAUUAAAGGCGCAGAAUUUCAUGUGUCACUGCUUUCAAUUGCACAGCUGUUUGACUUUGCCAAAGAUUUGCAGAAAGAAAUUUAUGAUGACCUUCAGGUGCAACACACAGAUGACCCUCUCACCUGGGAUUAUGUGGCCCGGCGAGAAUUGAAGAUGGAGUCUCAGCCAGGAGAGCAGCCGGCGACGAAACAAGCCAGAGCGGUGGAGCUGGACCGCAAGGAGGAGAGGUGCUGUGCUGUGUAUGAAGAGGCAGUGAAGACGCUGCCCACAGAGGCCAUGUGGAAGUGUUACAUCAAGUUUUGCUUGGAGAGAUUUACAAAGAAAACCAGCAGUGACUCUCUCCGAGGGAAGAGGCUGACAAGGACCAUGAUGGCAUUCAAAAAGGCACAUGAACUCAAGCUUCUGCCAGAAGUCCAAUACAAGCAGUGGGCGGAGCUGCUGCUGCAGCAGGACUUCUUUAAAGAAGCUCUGGAGGUGGCUGUGGCCGGGACAACAUUGUUUAGAGACUCCGUGACAAUGUGGCAUAUGAAGCUGCAGGUGUUGAUUAAAUCAAAGAGCACCGACGUCGCCAGGCUGUUUGAAGAAGCCUUUGUGCACUUGAAGCCUCAGGUGUGCUUGCCACUGUGGCUCUCUUGGGCGGAGUGGAGUGAAGACACUCAAAGCCAGGAGGACACUGAAGCCAUCUAUAAGAAAGCUCUCCGAGCUGUCACGGGGGCUGACUCAGUAACCCUAAAGGAAAAGUACCUCCAUUGGGCCUAUCGAAGCGGUGACUGCAAAAAGGCCAGAGCCGUCUUUAGAAGUUUACAGGAAAACCGGCCAUUUUCAGUUGAUUUUUUUAGGAAGAUGAUCCAGUUUGAGAAGGAACAAGAAUCCUCUAAGAUGGUGAAUUUAAGAGAAUAUUAUGAGCGAGCUUUACGAGAGUUUGGAUCGGCCGAUUCUGAUCUUUGGAUGGAUUACAUCAAAGAGGAACUGCACCACCCUCUUGGUAGACCGGAGAACUGCGGACAGAUCUAUUGGCGAGCCAUGAAGAUGCUGCAGGGAGAGGCAGCCGAGAAGUUCGUAACUAAACAUGCCAUGCAUCAGGCUGGCCAGCUGUGAGAAAAGGAAGAACACAGCCACCUUUUUGAAAAAGUAUUGCAAGUCCCCUGGGCAAACUUUCCGUUUGUAAUUUGCUUUGAGACGGCUGACAAGACAGCCGUCUGAUUUUGAGACACGCUUUAAUUUUCUAAUGUAUUGCUCUGUAAUUCCAGAAAGAAGAACUAUUGUUUCGUAGCAAAAAGCUACUUGUUGAGGUUGGACCUGCUUUAAGUCCUACAUGUUUUCCAAAACAUAUGGAAACAUAAUAACUGAGUUUAAUUUAAUUAUAACCUCUCCUGGCCUCAGGUCAGUUAAAAUGGAGGAGAAAGUAGAGUUCUAUUUAUUUUCUCCGGGACCUAGUAUGUACCUGUAGAAAACAUGGGAGAAAGAGACCAGUGUGGAGAAGAAAAUAAACAUGUCCUAUGUAUAGCACUUGGA